GAUCAUGUGCCCUAAGGGGAUGGUGGCGGUGGUGGUGGCCGUGGAUGACGGAGACUCUCAGGCCUUGGCAGGUGCGUCUUUCAGUUCCCCUCACACUUCGGGUUCCUCGGGGAGGAGGGGCUGGAACCCUAGCCCAUCGUCAGGACAAAGAUGCUCAGGCUGCUCUUGGCUCUCAACUUAUUCCCUUCAAUUCAAGUAACAGGAAACAAGAUUUUGGUGAAGCAGUCGCCCAUGCUUGUAGCAUACGACAAUGCGGUCAACCUUAGCUGCAAGUAUUCCUACAAUCUCUUCUCAAGGGAGUUCCGGGCAUCCCUUCACAAAGGACUGGAUAGUGCUGUGGAAGUCUGUGUUGUAUAUGGGAAUUACUCCCAGCAGCUUCAGGUUUACUCAAAAACGGGGUUCAACUGUGAUGGGAAAUUGGGAAAUGAAUCAGUGACAUUCUACCUCCAGAAUUUGUAUGUUAACCAAACAGAUAUUUACUUCUGCAAAAUUGAAGUUAUGUAUCCUCCUCCUUACCUAGACAAUGAGAAGAGCAAUGGAACCAUUAUCCAUGUGAAAGGGAAACACCUUUGUCCAAGUCCCCUAUUUCCCGGACCUUCUAAGCCCUUUUGGGUGCUGGUGGUGGUUGGUGGAGUCCUGGCUUGCUAUAGCUUGCUAGUAACAGUGGCCUUUAUUAUUUUCUGGGUGAGGAGUAAGAGGAGCAGGCUCCUGCACAGUGACUACAUGAACAUGACUCCCCGCCGCCCCGGGCCCACCCGCAAGCAUUACCAGCCCUAUGCCCCACCACGCGACUUCGCAGCCUAUCGCUCCUGACACGGACGCCUAUCCAGAAGCCAGCCGGCUGGCAGCCCCCAUCUGCUCAAUAUCACUGCUCUGGAUAGGAAAUGACCGCCAUCUCCAGCCGGCCACCUCAGGCCCCUGUUGGGCCACCAAUGCCAAUUUUUCUCGAGUGACUGGACCAAAUAUCAAGAUCAUUUUGAGACUCUGAAAUGAAGUAAAAGAGAUUUCCUGUGACAGGCCAAGUCUUACAGUGCCAUGGCCCACAUUCCAACUUACCAUGUACUUAGUGACUUGACUGAGAAGUUAGGGUAGAAAACAAAAAGGGAGUGGAUUCUGGGAGCCUCUUUCCUUUCUCACUCACCUGCACAUCUCAGUCAAGCAAAGUGUGGUAUCCACAGACAUUUUAGUUGCAGAAGAAAGGCUAGGAAAUCAUUCCUUUUGGUUAAAUGGGUGUUUAAUCUUUUGGUUAGUGGGUUAAACGGGGUAAGUUAGACUAGGGGGAGGGAUAGGAAGACAUAUUUAAAAACCAUUAAAACACUGUCUCCCACUCAUGAAAUGAGCCACGUAGUUCCUAUUUAAUGCUGUUUUCCUUUAGUUUAGAAAUACGUAGACAUUGUCUUUUAUGAAUUCUGAUCAUAUUUAGUCAUUUUGACCAAAUGAGGGAUUUGGUCAAAUGAGGGAUUCCCUCAAAGCAAUAUCAGGUAAACCAAGUUGCUUUCCUCACUCCCUGUCAUGAGACUUCAGUGUUAAUGUUCACAAUAUACUUUCGAAAGAAUAAAAUAGUUCUCCUACAUGAAGAAAGAAUAUGUCAGGAAAUAAGGUCACUUUAUGUCAAAAUUAUUUGAGUACUAUGGGACCUGGCGCAGUGGCUCAUGCUUGUAAUCCCAGCACUUUGGGAGGCCGAGGUGGGCAGAUCACUUGAGGUCAGGACCAGCCUGGUCAAGAUGGUGAAACUCCGUCUGUACUAAAAAUACAAAAUUUAGCUUGGCCUGGUGGCAGGCACCUGUAAUCCCAGCUGCCCAGGAGGCUGAGGCAUGAGAAUCACUUGAACCUGGCAGGCGGAGGUUGCAGUGAGCCGAGAUAGUGCCACAGCUCUCCAGCCUGGGCGACAGAGUGAGACUCCAUCUCAAACAACAACAACAACAACAACAACAACAACAACAACAACAACAACAAACCACAAAAUUAUUUGAGUACUAUGAAGGAUUAUUUGUCUAACAGUUCAUUCCAAUCAGACCAGGUAGGAGGAGCUUUCCUGUUUCAUAAGUUUCAGGGUUGCACAGUUGGUCUCUUUAAUGUCGGUGUGGAGAUCCAAAGUGGGUUGUGGAAAGAGCGUCCAUAGGAGAAGUGAGAAUACUGUGAAAAAGGGAUGUUAGCAUUCAUUAGAGUAUGAGGAUGAGUCCCAAGAAGGUUCUUUGGAAGGAGGACGAAUAGAAUGGAGUAAUGAAAUUCUUGCCAUGUGCUGAGGAGAUAGCCAGCAUUAGGUGACAAUCUUCCAGAAGGUGUCAGGCAGAAGGUGCCCUGGUGAGAGCUCCUUUACAGGGACUUUAUGUGGUUUAGGGCUCAGAGCUCCAAAACUCUGGGCUCAGCUGCUCCUAUACCUUGGAGGUCCAUUCACAUGGGAAAGUAUUUUGGAAUGUGUCUUUUGAAGAGAGCAUCAGAGUUCUUAAGGGGCUGGGUAAGGCCUGACCCUGAAAUGACCAUGGAUAUUUUUCUACCUACAGUUUGAGUCAACUAGAAUAUGCCUGGGGACCUUGAAGAAUGGCCCUUCAGUGGCCCUCACCAUUUGUUCAUGCUUCAGUUAAUUCAGGUGUUGAAGGAGCUUAGGUUUUUUUUUGUUUGUUUUGUUUUGUUUUUUUUUUUUUGAGACGGAGUCUCGCUCUGUCGCCCAGGCUGGAGUGCAGUGGCGCGAUCUCGGCUCACUGCAAGCUCCGCCUCCCGGGUUCACGCCAUUCUCCUGCCUCAGCCUCCCGAGUAGCUGGGACUACAGGCGCCCGCUACCACGCCCGGCUAAUUUUUUGUAUUUUUAGUAGAGACGGGGUUUCACCGUGUUAGCCAGGAUGGUCUCGAUCUCCUGACCUCGUGAUCCGCCCGCCUCGGCCUCCCAAAGUGCUGGGAUUACAGGCGUGAGCCACCGCGCCCGGCCAGGAGCUUAGGUUUUAGAGGCACGUAGACUUGGUUCAAGUCUCGUUAGUAGUUGAAUAGCCUCAGGCAAGUCACUGCCCACCUAAGAUGAUGGUUCUUCAACUAUAAAAUGGAGAUAAUGGUUACAAAUGUCUCUUCCUAUAGUAUAAUCUCCAUAAGGGCAUGGCCCAAGUCUGUCUUUGUCUCUGCCUAUCCCUGACAUUUAGUAGCAUGCCCGACAUACAAUGUUAGCUAUUGGUAUUGUUGCCAUAUAGAUAAAUUAUGUAUAAAAAUUAAACUGGGCAAUAGCCUAAGAAGGGGGGAAUAUUGUAACACAAAUUUAAACCCACUACGCAGGGAUGAGGUGCUAUAAUAUGAGGACCUUUUAACUUCCAUCAUUUUCCUGUUUCUUGAAAUAGUUUAUCUUGUAAUGAAAUAUAGGGCACCUCCCACUUUUAUGUAUAGAAAGAGGUCUUUUAAUUUUUUUUAAUGUGAGAAGGAAGGGAGGAGUAGGAAUCUUGAGAUUCCAGAUCGAAAAUACUGUACUUUGGUUGAUUUUUAAGUGGGCUUCCAUUCCAUGAAUUUAAUCAGUCCCAAGAAGAUCAAACUCAGCAAUACUUGGGUGCUGAAGAACUGUUGGAUUUACCCUGGCACGUGUGCCACUUGCCAGCUUCUUGGGCACACAGAGUUCUUCAAUCCAAGUUAUCAGAUUGUAUUUGAAAAUGACAGAGCUGGAGAGUUUUUUGAAAUGGUAGUGGCAAAUAAAUAAAUACUUUUUUUUUAAAUGGAAAGACUUGAUCUAUGGUAAUAAAUGAUUUUGUUUUCUGACUGGAAAAAUAGGCCUACUAAAGAUGAAUCACACUUGAGAUGUUUCUUACUCACUCUGCACAGAAACAAAGAAGAAAUGUUAUAUAGGGAAGUCCGUUUUCACUAUUAGUAUGAACCAAGAAAUGGUUCAAAAACAGUGGUAGGAACAAUGCUUUCAUAGUUUCAGAUAUGGUAGUUAUGAAGAAAACAAUGUCAUUUGCUGCUAUUAUUGUAAGAGUCUUAUAAUUAAUGGUACUCCUAUAAUUUUUGAUUGUGAGCUCACCUAUUUGGGUUAAGCAUGCCAAUUUAAAGAGACCAAGUGUACAUUAUGUUCUAUAUAUUCAGUGAUAAAAUUACUAAACUAC